AAAGUGUCUGACUUUCCCAUAAUUUGUUCUUUAUAGUAGUUCUUAUAGACCUACGGGUGAGAUCAGUAUUAACCCUAGUAUGAACAGGUCACUUUACCUACAAGGAAUCCGAGCAACCUAUAAUCUGGUUACAUGUACAUGUCAUACUAAUGACUAGGGUCAUUUUGCCUUCUGCUUGUAUUCCUCUAAACAAUUUUAGUCGGGCAGGAGAUAUGCUAAAAAUGUUUUACAUGUUUUAUAUACUGUACUUUAUCGUAAAUAAAUAGGAAUGAGAAGAAAUGAAUAAUACCUUUACUGAAUGUGCCUGAUCAGUACCAUACUUUUAUCCAUUGAGAUAUUUGGCGAGUAUACAGAGUCCCAGGAUCAAAGAGCUUGCAAUCUGAUUUGAAAGCAGUGAAGGGAUUUGCCCAAGUUCAUUGCAAGCAGGGGAUGCUGGAAAUUCAAGCAGCCUGUGACGUUCCCACUGCUCUGUUCCUCCUUAAUUAAAGCUGUGAGAGUUUCAAACCUCACUUGAAUACAUUUUAAUAAAUUACCUUCCCGGGGGCUGCAAGGCUUUAACAGACUUUGAUUUUUUUUGGCGUUGUGUGGGAGAAGAAGGGGCACAAGGUCAAGACCAUGGUGAGCACAAACAUUUCCAUGGUCUGAGCUCUCUAACUGAGCUGUGUUUUGAUAGUCUGCCAUCUCACAGGAUGUUUUACAGGGAAUCUCCCUAAGCAGAAUGGAUUUACAGCGAUUUCUUCCUUUCCCCAGUACAGGUAAUGGAUGCAAAAGAUAAUGGUGCUUGUGGUUUCUUUGUAUCCGACUUCCCACCCCACUGCUCCAGCAAACAAUGUCCAGAGAAGAGAACUGGUGAGAAGAUGAAGCGGCUGAAUUCAGGGAACCUGCUCCUGCUGGCCGUGCAGCUCCUCACUUAUCUCUGGAAAGCAUCCUCUAUUAAUGUCCGCACUUGUGAGGGCUACCCAGGACAAGGUGACCUCUAUCACUCAGGAUUUCAUUGCCCCCGCCUUAGUGACGCUCCAGAACACAUGUACUGCUGCUGGCCAGGAAAUGGAACCCUGAAAUACUGCUGCAGCCAAGAAGAAUAUGAAACCCUAAUGAAAGUAAACCUGUCAGAGCUUCUAACCACCUAUAUACACAGGAGCCCUCUCCCCCUGCUUGGCAUUGGUGUGUAUGGCCUCCUGAUCCUUUCUCUGAUGAUAGUGGAUUUCCUCUAUUACUACAGGAUUAACAAGAAUAUAUUUUACAACAUGCUGAGUCACACUUGGAUCGGAAAACACCUUGUACGCUCUCUUUUCCAUAGUAACGCCCAGGGCAGCAUUCGGCACAGUAACAAAGGUGUGCGGAUAGAAGCAAAGGAAAGGCUGGCAGAGGAUGUGAGCUGUGAUAAUCAGAGACCUUUAGAAGACAGAGUGUAAGAAGAUUGCGGGGGCGGAUUAACAAAGGAAGCCUGGCAGAGGCUAGCACCACUUGCCUGCUGCCGAUAAAUAUUGAAAUAUGAAUCUGUUAGAAAAGACAGAGACUUAGGAUAUGUGACAAUCAGAAGGUGGAAAUAGGAGAAAGAAAACACAGAACAUGUGUAGAUAAUAGGAGCUUGAUAACGGAUGAGUAUAAAUGCUAUUAUAAUAACUUGUAGAGAGAGGCAGGUAGGGGGUGGGGGCUUUCAUCUCAUUAACUCUUUAUGAUCUAGAAGGCUGAUAUUUCAUCUCUCUGUUAUCUGAGACCCUUACUUUUAUGUUUUAUUAAAAAUACCUGCUAAAGAACAUGGGGAUAUGUUUAAGCAAAUGUAUCACAUAAUUUGUAAAAAUAAGCUUUAUUAUAAACGCCACACUAGAAAUUCAGAAUAGGGUGGCUUCAUCUAUGCUCCUCUAGUUGUGGAGAACUACAACUCUUAGUAAAAGGAACUUAUAAUUAACCAGAGCUGGCUAUAAUUCCCUGGCCCUAUAUUUAGGGGCCGAUUUACUAAUCCACGAACGGAUCGAAAGCAUCCGAAUGCGUUUUUUUUUCGUAAUGAUUGGUAUU